AUGACUGCUAACGGCAUACUUUACAUUAUACAUAUCCUGCUACCAACAAUGGUGUACGCUAAGAUUUGCAAUGCAGCGACCAAUACAACUUCUACUAUGAGGUGCUAUAUUUGUGGGCUAACCUCGAAAGACUUUAACUGUUUGAGCAGAAGAAAGGAAGUCAAUCCUGAAACUCUGAGAUUCGGUUUAUCAAUUCUUCAUCCUAGAAUUAGAUUAUUUGAAUCGUUAUUACAUAUCUCGUACAAGUUAUCUAUUAAAAAAUGGCAACUAAGAUUGCCUGAAGAAAGAGAAAUAACGAAAAAAAGAAAAGAACAAAUUCAAAAAGCAUUUAGAAAUGAAAUGGGCCUUUCAGUGGACAUUCCAAAGGCAGGAUUUGGGAACACUAAUGACGGUAAUAUAUCUAGAUUUUUGCCGAUCCAGAAGCAGCUUCUCGAAUUACCGGAAUAG